AUGGCCAUAGACCGACCGCCAUAUUCCGAUCGUUCGGAACAGUUCAAAACACUCGCUACAUCGAUUGAACAGAAACAUAUUAGAAGACAUAAUGAGAAGCCGGGAGUAUCUCGUCGAGAUGAAAACCGCCCGUCUUCUGCCUACACGAAUAUAUCGAAUGUAGUUCAUCCAUUCGCCACUGAGAUGUAUCUUUUCCGUAAAAUGCUUGAGGACCGCUCCCAAGACUACAUCUUCGCCACUCCGGCCUACUCAAAAAUGAGUUCCGAAGAACGAGAAUGCUUUGAUGCAGAUGUCAAAGUGAAGUUAUCGCAAUUCGAAUCGUUCAUCAAUCAACUCGGGAAGCGUGUACAUAGCAGUGACGGUCUACGGAAUGCAUCUGAAAGAGGACAUCUCACACGAGUGCAAGAGGGAUUGAGAGUAUUUUUGAAAGAGACUGUGGAUCUUGUGUCUCUAUUGAAAAAGGAGCACCUGAAAAGACUGCAAGUCAAGAAUCGCUCACUUGCCGACGAGGUGAAAACUGCGAAGCAAGACGGGCAUGCCUUCAAAUACCUUAAUGGACUUGACGAGCUUCUUUUCGGAUCUGAUUUUGAAUACAACCCAAAACUGAUUGGAAAGUUGAAAGAGUUAUCACUGAAGUAUCCUUGUCUUCAGUUCAAGCCACCAAAGGAAGAACAAGUCGACCAAGAUUUUGAUAUGGUUGAAGAGAUUACCAGUGCCAAGAUAGUGAACGAUAACGACGAUGAUGGAUGGGGUGAUAUUGAUGGUUUUCAGUUUAAAGAAGUUCCAAAAGAAAAGCCGAAAGAAAAGCCUGAAGAAAGUCGUGAUUGCUCAUCUAUUCUCUUCAACGAAUCUGUUCGAAACAGACGUCGUCUGGUUGCUGGAUCGGAACAAGAUGAGUUACGUGAGAGUUACGAACGAUGGAAGAGUGAGCAGGGAGAACAGUUCAACGAGCAGUUUCAACAACAAACAGCAAUCAUCAAGGAAGAAUUCGUCAAAGCGGAUCGUGAUGAUGAAAUUGAGAAGCUGGAGCAACAAAUUUCAGAAAUCCAAUCAUUGGCUUCAGUUUUCUCGGAGAAGAUCAUGGACCAAGAGCGAGACAUCGAUUUGAUCAACGAUCUGGCAUUGCACACGUCAGAAAACCUCAUCGAUGGAAACGAAUGGAUUCGUAAAGCAAUCACCAACUCGGCUUUCCAACGCGUCUGGUUCCUCUUCUGCAUCGUUGUUCUAACUUUCACUCUUCUUUUCCUCGACUGGUACAAUCCAUAA